GCUUCCAAUUCAAAGUCACAAAAAGGCUCUCUUUUCUAGUUAUGGCAAAUAUUUCCUUCUUUCAGAACCACAUCCGUCGCAACGCCGCCGCCUCCGAUUCUCACCAUCGUAAUCACCACUACAGCCGUCCACACAACCCCCGUAACCUAACUGUUGAUCCUUACUUCCCUCUCUUCUUCUCCUCUGAUCCUCACUCCCAGCACGCCACUCUCCGUGACCCCUACGCACUUCCCGAGCACACCAAUUUCAAUAUUCAGACGCUCGACGACGACGACGCCGUCUCGGAUACCGAAUCAGUUGUACUCGGAGGCUUGAAUCCCCUGGACCGUGAGAACCAGGUUAGUUUCGUCAUGGAUCUGUUUCAACAGCAAGUCCAGCAAUCUCAGGUAAUGGGUCGUAGUUCCCAUUUGUUAUCCGAUUCGCUUAACGAAUCGGACUUUGGUGUCAUAGAGCAGAAUUGUGAAAUGGGUAUCGAUAAUUUGGAACUUGAUAUAGGGUUAGGGUUAGGUUUAGAUGGUCACGAGAAUGAUGAAUUUCAAAAUAUAGGCCAUAAUCAUAUUCAUAAUAAUAAUGAUUAUAGCACAAAUAUCGUUAUGGAUGAUGAUGAUUUCUUUGUGGAAAGAAGGAUUUCCGGAAUCCAAUCUUGUGAGGCCGAGUCUACCGUUAGCGUUUGCACUAGUGCCAUGAGGGUUGUUGGGUUUGGGUCGGAUUCUGAUUCAGAGGACAACGAGAACACGUUAUCUAUAGAUUUGCAUUCAGGGGAUGAAUAUGGUUUAGAUCGUUUGAAUAUAGGAAGUGAUAAUUUUGAUAAUGUUGACGACGUUGAUGAGGAAGAUGCAAGCGUUACUGUUCCUCUUUGUUGGGAUUCGCUUCGAUUGGAGGACCAUAGAGAAAACAAUGAGGAUUUUGAGUGGGAGGAAGUGGAUGGCCGUGUUGAUGAGAGAGAGGUUCUAAGCAUGUUUGUUGAUGACGAGGAGGCCUCUGUUUCUCUCUCCAUAUCACCUAUUAUUGCCCAUGAGGGUAUGGUGAGUGUAGAGAGGGUAGGAGAAUUGGGAAGUUUGGAAUGGGAAGUUCUGCUGAAUGCAAACAACUUGGACUCAAAUCUGGACCAUGACCAGGACAAUAAUGCUGAGCCUUAUUUUGGGGAUCAUGAUGAUUAUAUUUACACUGCAGAGUAUGAGAUGUUGUUUGGGCAUUUUGCAGAGAAUGAAAAUGCAUUGAUGGGUCGACCUCCAGCAGCAAAAUCUGUUGUUGAGAAGCUUCCAUCUGUGGUUUUGACAAAAGAGGAUGUUGAUGAUAAUAAUGCACUUUGUGCUGUUUGUAAAGAUGAUAUUAAUGUUGGAGAGAGAGCAAAGCAUUUGCCUUGUACACACCGGUACCAUGGGGAGUGCAUUGUGCCAUGGUUAAGGAUAAGGAAUACUUGCCCAGUAUGUCGAUAUGAGUUGCCUACGGAUGAUGCAGAUUAUGAGCGGAGGAAAGCAGUACAAAGAGCUGUUAGUGCCAGCCGUACCCAUUGAUGGGUAUUACAUUUUGGUCCUGUAUGCUUUUUGACUCAGUUUUUUUUUUUUUUUUUUUUUUUUUUGAGCUUUAGGUUUUUUAAGAAUGUAAAUAUUUUUGUUGGAGUGCAUUGGUUUCCCUUUAUGAGGAUAAUGACAUUCAUCCCAAUUUACUGUGGUAUUUGGGUGAGAUGAUAAGAGUAUUGUUUUGGCAGCUUUGUAAUCUUGGGAAAUUUUUUAUUUUAAUGAUGUUAAUGAUUUUGCCUUGAUUCUGCA